AUGAUCCUGGGCAGGCACCAAGCAUUGCUAAUGGUGAAUGUUAGCUUCCCGGAGAUCCAGCAGCCAGCGGUCAAGGCCAAAUGGAUACGUCCAUAAAAACCAUUACUGACAAGCCAGCGAAACCCCCUGCAGAACCAGUUAUUCCAGUGGUACAAGAAUGUACAGACAAGAACAUAACCUUAUCUGAUAAUAUAAUAUUCAGUUGAAGGAAGAUUACAAACCUGUCAGCAUCCCCCUCGUCAGGUAGCAGUGAGCCUUAAACCAGCCUACAACGCAGAGUUGAAGAGACCAGUAGAACUUGAAGUAAUUAAAGAAGUCCAAGAGUACACUGAAUCGAUCAAUUCAAUUGUCUCUGUGAAGAAACCUGAUGGUUUCUGA